AUGGCUCUCCUUGCGAACCAUUUGGAGCAGAUUUCGCUGUCUGCAAAGUCUAUAUCCGAGCUGGAACUACCCCCACCCAAGAUCUUUACAAAUGCUCUGCUCAACAAUCAGGAGAUCACCACCCUGAUUCGCGAUACCGAACCUCAUGAGCGUGCCCUCUUUUCAAUUGACCCCAAUGCUCUCAGCAGAAAUCGUCAGCAGAACGGCUUCGUGCCUAUCGACACUAAAAGCGGUCAUCAGGGUCGCAAGAGUGGGUUUCCUUCCGCCCAUCCCAUUAAACAAUCGGCGGUCUCACGGCUGCUGGGCAAAGAGAUGCUCCAGGAAAUAAGGCAGUCCAGUAGUGCACGAUCUCGUGAAGGAGUCAACGUUGAAGUCCUGCUUCGCGGGGCAGAAAAGCUUUGUGAGGUAUAUACCGUCGCAGGAGCAACAGACAGGAUUCGAGUCCUCCGCAACCGUCACCGAGAAGUCGCUGGCUCCAUAGCGAUGCUCGAGGAGAAAGUUUCUAAGCAACAGUCGCUUUUAGACCGCAGGAAUCUGGCAUUGAACUCUGAAGAAAGAGAAGAUGAGCAGGAUCAAGAGCAAGACCCUAUGGGCCACAAUGACACUCUCGGCUUUCUGGAAGAGGAUUUCCAGGUUGAAGAGGAGGAAAUUCGCGAGUUAGAGGCUAGGAAAAAGGCCUUGGAGGAACGUGUCUCCGACAUGGAAAGAGAUCUCGGCGGGCUUCUCAAAUGA